AUGUCCAUGUUGUCGUGCCGUGUGUUGUGUCUGUUGGCCAUUGUCCUCUGCUGUGUGGGUUUGACUCAUGCUGCUCCAGCUAAUGGGGGCAUGGCAAAAUUUAUUGAGCAGGCACGAGAGAAGGUUAAGGAAACUUUGAGACUGAAGGAGGAUUGUGCGAACGUGGCCACCACUGCUCGAGAGGCCGCGAAUGAAGCUUUUGUAUUUGCCCGUGAAACUGAGAGUAAACUCGCAACAAUUGCUGCUGACCCAAAUGAGGUGGAGAAAACGAAAACUAAGGGUCGUAAACUCAUCGAAAAUGCAACGAAGGCUGCCGAUAAUGCAAAAGAAGUGGCCGAAAACGCUAUACAGAGUGCAACUCAAACUGAAAGUGAAGCCGACCUUUAUCUGAAAGAAGGUGAACGAGCGGACGCAUUGAAAGCAGCUGAAGAGGCAGACAAAGCGGCACAUGCUGCUAUUACUGAUAUCGAAGCUGCAAAAACUCAUGCUAAUGAUGUGGAGAAUGUCCUGCAGAAACUUGACGCCGAAGUUGCUGCAGCUGAAAAGAAAGAAAAACAGUUGGAGUCUCAGCCACACCGACAGACAAAGGAAACAUCUCUUGGAGAGCAGCAA